AUGUCUCCCUCCGUCUCCGGCAAGACCUAUAGCAUCGCAUCUAUUCCUGCGGAUGGAAUUGGCCCCGAAGUCAUCGAGGCUGGUAUCACUGCUCUGAAUGCGCUGACCGAUACCCUUCAAACUUUCAAGCUCGAUUUCAAGAACUACGACUGGAGCUCUGAGACAUACAAGAAGACCGGCAAAUACAUUCCCGAUGGCGGUCUCGAGGAGCUGAAGAAGCAUGAUGCUAUCUUCUUCGGCGCUGUUGGCGCUCCAGAUGUCCCCGAUCACAUCUCUCUCUGGGGUCUCCGUCUGGCCAUCUGCCAGCCCUUCCAGCAAUACGCCAACGUCCGCCCAACCAGAGUGUUCCGCGGCACUGAGUCGCCCCUGCGCAAAUGUAGCACGGGCGAUCUCGACUGGGUUAUUAUCCGCGAGAACAGUGAAGGCGAAUACGCCGGCCAGGGUGGCCGAUCACACACCGGCAAGCCGUGGGAGGUCGCGACUGAAGUUUCCAUCUUCUCGCGCCACGGCGUGGAGCGCAUCAUGCGAUUUGCCUUUGAGACUGCUCAGAAACGACCUCGCAAGCUCCUGACCGUGGUCACUAAGAGUAAUGCUCAGCGCAACGGAAUGGUUCUGUGGGAUGAGGUUGCCAAGGAAGUGGCUAAGGAUUUCCCCGAUGUCACUGUUGACAAGAUGCUGGUUGAUGCCAUGACUACUCGCAUGGUUCUGAACCCUAAGAGCAUUGAUACCAUCGUCGCCACCAACCUGCAUGCUGAUAUCCUGUCUGAUCUGGCUGCUGCCCUGGCUGGAUCGAUCGGUAUUGCUCCUACCUCCAACCUCGACCCCACCCGUCAGUAUCCUAGCAUGUUCGAGCCUAUUCACGGCUCUGCUUUCGAUAUCACCGGCAUGGGUAUCUCUAACCCUGUUGCUACUUUCUGGACCGCGGCGGAGAUGCUUGCUUGGUUAGGCGAGGAGGCGGCCUCUGAGAAGCUUCUGACCUGUGUUGAGAACGUUUGCGAGCAGGGUAUCCUCACCCGUGAUUUGGGCGGCAAGGCCAACACUAAGGAGGUUACCGAAGCUGUUGUUGCUGAGAUCAAGAAGCUGGGCUCCAAGUAA